AUUGGCUGACGUAAUAACCAAUCAGAUGGCGUGUUGUUCGCAGGUGAAAGAGUGGGGGAAAUUGACAAGCAGCGGAAGAAAGAAAUACCAGUCACGGCCACUCAAAAGUACAGAGAUUUCUAUUUUGUAAUUAAAAAUGAGUUCAAUUGGAACCGGGUAUGAUUUGUCGGCCUCCACCUUCUCCCCUGAUGGGCGAGUGUUCCAAGUUGAAUAUGCAAUGAAAGCAGUAGAAAACAGCAGUACGGCAAUUGGGAUCCGGUGCAAGGAUGGCGUGGUGUUUGGAGUGGAGAAGCUGGUGCUCUCCAAGCUGUACGAGCAGGGCUCCAACAAGCGCAUCUUCAACAUCGACCGCCACGUCGGAAUGGCAGUGGCUGGGCUCCUGGCUGACGCACGGUCCCUCGCUGAAGUAGCCAGAGAGGAGGCCUCUAACUUCCGGUCCAACUACGGUCAUGACAUCCCACUCAAGCACCUUGCAGACAGAGUGGCCAUGUACGUCCAUGCCUACACGUUAUACAGCGCAGUGCGGCCUUUUGGGUGCAGCUUCAUCUUGGGGUCCUACGAUGAAGACGAUGGCGCACAGCUGUACAUGGUAGACCCUUCCGGAAUUUCCUACGGUUACUGGGGAACGGCUAUCGGAAAGGCCAAACAGGCUGCAAAGACCGAGAUCGAAAAGCUCCAGAUGAAGGACAUGACUUGCAGGGAGCUGGUGAAAGAGGUGGCCAAAAUAAUAUACAUUGUUCAUGAUGAGGUGAAGGACAAAGCCUUUGAGCUGGAGCUCAGCUGGGUUGGAGAAGUGACAAAAGGCAGGCAUGAACUGGUACCCAAAGACAUCAAGGAGGAGGCAGAGAAAUACGCUAAAGAUUCUCUGGAAGAAGAGGAUGAUUCCGAUGAGGACAACAUGUAACUCGCUCUCUACUUCCACCCCCCAGCGCCCGUGACGUUCCCACAACACUGUAUGCCGUAUAUUUUAAUAAAACACACCCACAUCCAAGGUUGUCAGAAAACAUUCUUUUUGUAUGUUUUGUAGUUUACAGGCUGUUUUGGUCAUCCGCUUUUCUCUUGAGGAUGGUGGCUUAAAGACUUUGCCUCAAAUAAAGUAAUUAUAAAAACA